UAGAGCAGGCAGAUAAGUCAGACGGCGAGGCUUGGAGGGAGGCUCGGCGUGCGCGCUCCCGGGGAGCUCCAAGCACCAGCAGCUUCGGAUGUGCCGCCGCCGCCGCUGUUGUUGCUGCUGCUGCUGCAGCCGCGUUAAGCUCCGGCGCUAGGAGAGGCUUUUUCUGCCCCGCACGCUUGCGGCGCCUUUGGUGGAUUUCGUUUGCUUUUUCUCCCGCCCGCCCCUCCCCCUAAAUUUUCCUUUAUUUUUAUUUUUCAUUUUUGAUACACACCAAGCCUUCAAGAUGAUGUCCAUGAACAGCAAGCAGCCCCACUUCGCCAUGCACCCCACUCUCCCCGAGCACAAGUACCCGUCGCUGCACUCCAGCUCGGAAGCAAUAAGGAGAGCGUGUCUCCCAACUCCGCCGCUACAGAGCAAUAUCUUCGCCAGCCUGGACGAGACGCUGCUGGCGCGGGCCGAGGCUCUGGCGGCGGUGGACAUCGCUGUGUCGCAGGGCAAGAGCCACCCGUUCAAGCCGGACGCCACCUACCACACCAUGAACAGCGUGCCGUGCACCUCCACCUCCACCGUGCCGCUGGGGCACCACCAUCACCACCACCACCAUCACCACCACCAGGCGCUGGAGCCGGGGGACCUGCUGGAGCACAUCACCUCGCCCUCGCUGGCGCUUAUGACCGGCGGCGGGGGCCACGAAGGGGCGGCCGGCGGGGGCGCAGGAGGCGGCGGAGGUGGCGGAGGAGGCGGCGGAGGCGGCGGCGGGGGGCUGAUCUCCACCUCCGCACACCCGCACUCUCACAUGCACAGCCUGGGCCACCUGGCGCACCCGGCCGCCGCCGCGGCCAUGAACAUGCCUUCGGGGCUGCCGCACCCGGGGCUGGUGGCGGCUCACCACGGCGGCGCGGCGGGCCAAGCGGCGGCGGCGGCAGCGGCGGCGGUGGGCGCGGCCGGCCUGGCCUCCAUCUGCGACUCGGACACGGACCCGCGCGAGCUGGAGGCCUUCGCCGAGCGCUUCAAGCAGCGGCGCAUCAAGCUGGGCGUGACGCAGGCCGACGUGGGCUCGGCGCUGGCCAACCUCAAGAUCCCCGGCGUGGGCUCGCUGAGCCAGAGCACCAUCUGCCGCUUCGAGUCGCUCACGCUGUCGCACAACAACAUGAUCGCGCUCAAGCCCAUCCUGCAGGCCUGGCUGGAGGAGGCCGAGGGCGCCCAGCGCGAGAAAAUGAACAAGCCCGAGCUUUUCAACGGGGGCGAGAAGAAGCGCAAGCGGACUUCCAUCGCGGCGCCGGAGAAGCGCUCCCUCGAGGCGUACUUCGCUGUCCAGCCACGGCCCUCCUCGGAGAAGAUCGCAGCCAUCGCUGAGAAAUUGGACCUCAAAAAGAACGUGGUGCGGGUUUGGUUUUGCAACCAGAGACAGAAGCAAAAAAGGAUGAAAUUUUCCGCCACGUACUAAAAACAGACAAACAAAAACAAUAACCAACCGCCUCUCCGAUUCUCACCCAAACCAACCAACCUUGACCCAGGCAAAACACUCGCACACGACCACAUCAAAGUCCCAAGCCCCUCGGAGAUGGGGGAGGGAGAGGGAGGAGACUUUUUUCG